AUGCAGCAGGACGGGUUCAGCAACAUGAAUCAGCUGGGCGGGUUCUUUGUGAAUGGUCGGCCCCUGCCCCUGGACACCCGGCAACAGAUCGUGAGGCUGGCAGUCAGCGGAAUGCGGCCCUGUGACAUCUCCCGCAGCCUUAAGGUAUCUAACGGCUGUGUGAGCAAGAUCCUAGGGCGUUACUACCGCACAGGUGUCUUGGAACCCAAGGGUAUUGGGGGGAGCAAGCCGCGUCUGGCUACGCCCCCUGUGGUGGCUCGAAUCACCCAGCUGAAGGGUGAGUGUCCGACUCUCUUUGCCUGGGAGAUCCAGCGCCAGCUCUGUGCUGAAGGGCUUUGCACCCAGGACAAAACUCCUAGUGUCUCCUCCAUCAACCGAGUCCUGCGUGCGCUACAGGAGGACCAGGGACUACCCCAGGCACAGCUCCAGUCACCUGCUGUUUUGGCUCCAGUUCGCCCUGUUCCCUAUAGAGGUUCUGAGGCUCCCCGGGGUCCCCACCCAGGAACCGGCCACCGGAAUCGGACUAUCUUCUCCCCAGGCCAAGCUGAGGCUCUGGAGAAAGAGUUCCAACGUGGACAGUAUCCUGACUCAGUGGCCCGUGGAAAACUGGCCGCUGCCACCUCUCUGCCUGAGGACACGGUGAGGGUCUGGUUUUCUAACCGAAGAGCCAAAUGGCGCCGGCAAGAGAAACUCAAGUGGGAAAUGCAGUUGCCAGGUGCUUUCCAGGGUCUGACUGCACCAAGGGUUUCCCCAGGAAUCGUCUCUGCACAGAAGUCUGCUGGCAGUGUGCCUGCAGCAGCCCUGCCUGCCCGGGAACCUCUGAGCUCCUCCUGCUAUCAGCUGUGCUGGGCCACAGCACUAGACAAGUGUCUGAGUGGCACCCCACCCCAAGCCUGUCUCAAGCCCUAUUGGGAUGGUCACUCCUUCAUCUUUCCUGUGAUCUCUCCCCCAUGUGUGGACCUUGCCUGGCCCUGCCUUGCUGUCCCGCCUGUGCAUCACCUGAUUGGAAGGGCUGGUGAAGCGACGUCCACCCACUUCUCACACUGGCCUUAAGAGACCUCCACUUGGCAGUAAUAAAAACUUUUUUU